AUGGCGAGCAAGGCGGUGACCAUCGGCGAUCUGAUCCACCGCGUCGCCUCCUCCUGCCUCUCCAACCGCUUCCCGGCCAACUACGCUAUCAGCGACGCCUCCGACCUCGACGACGAGGACGACGACCCCUUCGCCGACUUCGGGGACGCCGCCGACGCCCAGGAAUGCCGCCGCUCCCCGGACAAGCCAGCGCCGCGCCCGGCGGGCGCGGUGGAGGAACAGGACGAGGAGGUGCGGAAGCUGAAGAUCUGGGAGGAGGGGGAGGAGGAGAAGCGGAGGAACAAUGUGUCGGCCACGGCGGUCGUAGCGGUGGCGGAGGAGAAGGAGAGGGUCGAGCGUGCGGGGGACGCGGAGGCGCUCAUGGCGGAGGUGUUCGACGCGGUCUCCGGGGUGCGGCGCGCGUACGCGGCGCUCCAGGGCGCGCACUGCCCCUGGGACCCCGACCGGAUGCGAGCCGCCGACGCGGGCGUGGUCGCCGAGCUCCGCCACCUCGCGCGCCUCCGCGACCGCUUCCGCCGCUCCGCCGCGUCCCCGGGCGGCCGCAUCCCGCGCCCCUCCGCGCAGCCGCUCCGCGAGGCCGUCGCGCCGUACGAGGCCGAGCUCGACGACCUCCGCCGCCAGCUCCAGGGCAAGCAGGCCGAGGUGGACGGCCUCAAGGAGAGGCUCGCCACAGCCACCAGCCGACGCAACGCGCGCCUCCACCCUUCCAAGAAGCACCACCACAUCACCGCCGCCACAGACGGCGCGCCGACGGCGGAGCUGUUCGUCGCCUGCGCGGAGCAGGCCCGCGCGGCCACGCGUGGGUUCGCUGCGCACCUGCUCCACCUCCUCCGCGCGGCAGGACUUGACCCGGCGGCGGCCACCCGGUCCAUCACCAAGAUCCCGGUGAACUCCUCCCCGCACCUCGCCAGGCACGCGCUGGAGGCGCACGCCACCGCCGUCCUCCUCGGCGGGUUCGAGCACGAGUCCUUCUACCUGGACGGCUCCCUCUCGUCCCUCCUCGACCCGGCCGCGUUCCGGCGCGAGCGGUACGCGCAGUACCGCGACAUGCGCGGCAUGGACCCGGGCGAGCUCCUGGGCGUGCUCCCGACCUGCGCAUUCGGCCGUUACGCCGCGGCCAAGUUCGCUUCUCUCCUCCCACCGCGCGUGGAGGAGGCCGUCCUCGGCGGCGAGCACCGGGCAGCCGGCAAGGGCGCGCACCCGCGCACGCCGUUCUACGGCGAGUUCCUGCGCGCGGCCAAGGCGGUGUGGCUGCUGCACCUGCUGGCGUUCGCGCUGGAGCCGCCGCCCAGCCACUUCGAGGCCGGCCGCGGCGCCGAGUUCCACCCGGAGUACAUGGAGAGCGUUGUCGUGGCAGGCCGCGGCGCGGGCGCCGGCACCGCCGGCAUGGUCGUCGGGUUCGCGGUGGCGCCCGGGUUCAAGCUGUGCAACGCCGCCGUGGUGCGCGCCCGGGUCUACCUCGUGCCCCGCGGCAGCCGACAGUGA